CUCUAUCUGUCAGCAUCAUUUAUGAUUCCAGCUAGUCAUAAGAGAAGAGAUCCAAACUCUCUGUUCGUAAUCCAAGCUUCUCGACUCUCACUGUGUUUAUUACCGAGUCACUCCAGAAACGUCAAAACAAGGAGAAAUGGAUAAGCCUCUGCUGUUCGGAGAAACAAGUGAUGGCCGUGGAAGACGAGAUCGUUUGUAUCGUCGCUCUGAAGCUAUUACUUAUGGCUCUCCUUAUCAGCGAGCAGCUGCCCUCGUUGAUCUGGCUGAGGAUGGUGUUGGUUUGCCCGAGCAAAUUCUUGAUAAAUCAAGCUUUGGAAGUGCUGCAAAGUUCUACUUCAUCUUCAUUAAAUUCGAUAUCGUUUGGACCCUUAAUUAUUUUGCGUUGGUUGUUCUAAACUUUUUUGAGAAGCCUUUGUGGUGUUGGACGAGUAGUUCAUAUUCUUGCAGUGAUAGGGGCUACUUUUUUCUUGGACAGUUGCCUUACUUGACUGCUACAGAGUCUAUUAUAUACGAGGCUGUGACUCUCAUUGUCUUAGCAAUACAUACUUUUUUCCCAAUUUCCUAUGAAGGGCCCAGUAUCUAUUGGAAGCGUCCCCUUAAUCAGUUAAAGGUCAUUUGCCUCUUAAUUCUGGUUGCAGAUUUACUGGUCUUUUUCCUCUAUUUGUCUCCAGUGGCCAUGAAUUCUCUUCCGUUCAGGGUUGCACCUUAUGCCAGAGUUAUUCUUUUCAUCCUAAGCAUUAGGGAACUACGAAAUAGCAUCAUCAUUUUGGCUGGAAUGAUUGGAACAUACUUGAAUGUCUUGGCUCUGUGGCUGUUAUUUCUUCUGUUUGCCAGUUGGGUGGCAUAUGUUAUGUUUGAAGAUACAGAACAGGGAAAAACGGUAUUUACCUCAUAUGGUACCACGUUGUAUCAGAUGUUUGUUUUAUUCACCACAUCGAACAACCCAGAUGUAUGGAUACCUGCCUAUAAGGCUUCACGUUGGUACUCCCUCUUUUUUGUUCUGUAUGUCCUGAUCGGGGUUUACUUCGUCACAAAUUUGAUUCUUGCUGUUGUAUAUGACAGCUUCAAAGGCGAGCUUGCGAAACAAGUAUCUGAGAUGGACCGGAAUAGGAUAAAUAUAUUGUGUAAAGCCUUUGACCUUAUUGAUGAUUAUAAUGUUGGGUUCCUCAACAAGGAGCAAUGCAUUCAUCUGUUUGAAGAAUUAAACAACUACAGGUCUUUGCCAAAUAUAUCAAGGGAAGAAUUUGAGUUAAUAUUUGAUGAGCUGGACGAUAGUCAUGACUUCAAGAUCAACUUGGAUGAAUUUACUGAUCUUUGCAACGCCAUUGGUCUAAGAUUUCAAAAGGAGGAUACUCCAUCUUUGUUCGAAAGAUUUCAAAUCUACCGUUCACCUUUCUCUGAAAAUUUGAAAGCCUUUGUUCGUAGUCCCAAAUUUGGAUAUAUAAUAUCCUUCAUUCUCAUACUGAAUCUGUUAGCGGUUAUUGUUGAGACAACGCUUGAUGUUGAAAACAACUCCGGGCAGAAGGUGUGGCAAGAGGUUGAGUUUGUCUUUGGCUGGAUAUAUGUACUGGAAAUGGCACUGAAAGUGUAUGCAUAUGGCUUUGCAAAUUAUUGGAGGGAUGGUCAGAAUCGCUUUGAUUUUCUUAUUACAUGGAUAAUAGUUAUAGGAGAAACUAUAACUUUUGCAACUCCCGAUGGACUUUCCUUUUUCUCAAAUGGAGAAUGGAUUCGCUACCUUCUUCUUGCCAGAAUGCUAAGAUUGAUAAGGCUCCUGAUGCAUGUCCAAAGUUACCGAGCUUUUGUUGCCACAUUCUUAACCCUAAUUCCAAGUCUAAUGCCAUAUCUUGGGACUAUAUUUUGUGUCCUAUGCAUCUAUUGCUCAGUUGGUGUACAGAUCUUUGGCGGGAUUGUCAAUGCUGGGAAUCCCAAUCUAGAUGCAUCAGAGCUCUCUGAAAAUGACUACUUGCUCUUCAAUUUUAAUGACUAUCCAAACGGAAUGGUCACACUUUUUAACUUGCUAGUGAUGGGAAAUUGGCAAAUAUGGAUGCAGGGCUACAAGGAAUUAACUGGAACUUCUUGGACCAUUGUAUAUUUUAUCAGUUUCUACCUAGUUACUAUUUUGUUGCUUUUGAAUUUGGUCGUAGCUUUUGUCUUGGAGGCAUUCUUCGCUGAAAUGGAUCUUGAGGCAUCAGGGACUAGUGAAGGAGGUGAUGACGAGGAUGCUGGCUCAGGAAAAGGUCGAAGAAGACUCGCUGGCACGAAGACUCGUAGUCAAAGAGUUGAUGUUCUUCUACAUCACAUGUUGAGUGCGGAGCUGGAUAGAAGCCACUCAUCAUCCUCCAACGCGUAGCCUGAUUCGAUAUCUUCUGGUGUAUGACUUGUUUGUUCAACUCGGUCUCAUGUUGGACUUUCUACAAUUAUUAAUGGCCUACCGACCAAAAAAGAUUGUAAUGGUGAUA